AUUUUUCCCCUGUAUAUUGUAUUGUAUUUUGUCAUCGUUUACCUCCUAUGUGAUCAUUGUUAACUAGUACUACAUGAUCCUUAUGUGUUUUUCUUUUUCUUUCUUUCAUGCAAGUGAGAUUUGAUUUUGAUAAACAUAAACGAGUGUGUCCUGUUCUUAGCCAAUAUUAGAUGACCUAGAGCGGAUGUUAUGAUCAAUAUGUUCUCAGCAGAUGGCACUGUAAUGCUAUAGUAUUUCACAGCAGACAAACGCGCUCGAGAGAUACGACCCCUUUCUCCUACUACUGCUGCUCAGUGAUUUGAACACACACACACGCACAAACGCCCAACCUUUGCCUCCCUCUCUCAGCGUAUAGGCAGAAGAAGCGCGCGUCAGUUCAGAUUCAGUGCCGCAGUUUAUCUCCACUACACAUCUCCAAUCUGAGAGAAGUUGCGUAAAAGACACGGGAGCACUUGCUCUGUUUUUGCUACUUUUUGUGCAUCCACACAUCUUAAUAACUUGAGGAUAACAGUUAAAUAAUCUUUAUUGAAAGGCUGAAAGUGAAGUUGUCGAUCUAUGGAGCGAUACGGCGAACGUGUGGAAACUUAAGGCACCCUUCUAGCGUGUUUAAUCUGACUAUUGUGGCUGGAGCAUCAUGUCUGCGAUCAGACGAAAAUUCGGCGAAGAUUAUCAAGUGGUGAACACCAACCGGACCACGUCCUUUUCUGCCCCGGCCAAAAGAAAGCGCCAGCGGUUCGUGGAGAAAAACGGGCGCUGCAACGUCCAGCACGGUAACCUUGGCGGGGAGACCAGCAGGUAUAUUUCCGACCUCUUCACCACGCUCGUGGAUCUAAAGUGGCGCUGGAACCUGCUCAUUUUCCUCUUAACGUACACGGUCGCGUGGCUCAUCAUGGCAUCUAUGUGGUGGAUCAUCGCGUACAUCCGUGGGGACCUUGGUCACGGCCACGACGAAUCGUACACGCCGUGCGUCGCCAACGUUUACAACUUUCCCUCCGCUUUUCUGUUCUUCAUCGAGACUGAGGCGACUAUAGGCUACGGGUACCGAUAUAUAACAGAGAAGUGCCCGGAGGGCAUCAUACUUUUCCUGUUCCAGUCGCUGCUGGGCUCGAUCGUGGACGCGUUUCUCAUCGGCUGUAUGUUCAUUAAAAUGUCUCAGCCCAAGAAACGCGCAGAGACGCUCAUGUUUAGCCAGGACGCAGUCAUCUCACAACGGGACGGGAAGCUCUGUCUCAUGUUUAGGGUCGGGAAUCUCAGGAAUAGCCACAUGGUGUCGGCGCAGAUCAGGUGCAAGCUCAUCAAGUCUCGUCAAACCCCUGAGGGAGAGUUUCUACCAUUGGAUCAGCGGGAAUUGGAUGUAGGAUUUGGAACGGGUGCUGACCAACUCUUUCUUGUCUCACCCCUCACCAUAUGUCAUGAGAUCAAUUCCAAUAGCCCCUUUUUCGACUUGUCUCAGCGCUCCCUCAUGAACGAGCAGUUCGAGAUUGUAGUCAUCCUAGAAGGCAUUGUGGAAACUACAGGCAUGACGUGCCAGGCACGAACAUCUUACACAGAAGAUGAGGUUUUGUGGGGUCACCGCUUCCUACCCGUCAUGUCGCUGGAGGAAGGAUUCUUCAGGGUGGACUACUCUCAGUUCCAUAACACAUUUGAGGUUCCCACUCCUCCAUACAGUGUGAAGGAGCAGGAUGAGAAGUCCUCCUUGCCCUCCCCUGGUCCUGUUCUCUCCCCUACGUUGCUCGAUGGUCGUAGUCACAGAGAGCGCAUCUUCUCCUUAGAUGGAGUUCCUCUCACUGAAGAACCUGGGUCAAAAUUACCAAGUAAGCUCCAGCGUAUGAGCUCCAAGAAUGGAAAAGAGGUCCUCAAAACUGGAAGUGCGCAGCCGACAGAAAAGGCCUCCAGCACAGGUGACCUACCCCUCAGAGUGCAGAGGCUCGGAUCCCUGGUGGGUCAGGGGGAGGUGGAAAAUCAGCUCCAGCUCAAACCUCUUAAGAUGGGUUCAGAGGCCCACACCCAGUCGGCAGGAGAACUGGAGCAUCACAGACUGCUUCAAAUGCCUGCUUCGGUCCCUGGGCCGAGCCUUAACCCAUUGCCUGCCUCUAGUGGCCGACCAGAGGACAACCUCCCACCUAAAUUACGCAGAAUGAAUGCAGACCACUGAAUGGGUCUUUAUUUCUCACACAGAGAUGAACAGUGAGGCUUAGGAGGUAGAGAUCAUUCUCGAAAUCAUUUAAUACUGAAUAAUAUUUAUUUAAAAAGGACUACAGUAUACUGUGAUUCCUCUUCUCUAUGCUUCUGGAAGAGCCACAUCCAUUUGGUCAACAAUCAAACUCAUUGCUUUGCCCUCAAUAAUAUGAGUAUUGUAGAUAUUCUGAAUUCAAUUUGAAUUCAAAUAAGCUUCAGCAACUUUUAAAUAAUUAAGCACCUUUAUAGUAUGAACACAAAAUAUCACAUGUAUUUAUUUAUGCAGUAUAAGUUAUCAAGAAUUUAUUUAGAGUAUGACUUUAAAUGUUUAAGGCUUUUUGUCAUUUCUGUCAGCAAUAUAUAUACUUACUUUCAAAUGCCUAUUUAUUGCCACCAAUGUUAAAAGAAAUCUUGGUAUGUGAAUUAUUUACAUCCUUCGCUACUGAGGUUAAGAAAGAACUGAAAGAACUUUUUUUUCUUUUUCAAAGGAUCGUUUUUCCUCAUGUGAGAACUUUUUCAAAUAUUUCUUAAAUUGUUUCAUUGGGGGACACAGUGCAAAGAUGACAAUUAUUGUGCAGUUAAAUCAACAAUUCUGACUAUUUUAAUAAAUUCAUUAUUCAUUACUACAAUAACUUCCUGACUGGCAUCUACAAGUACGUUAGUUAUAGUGUCAAAACAGGCAGACCAAGGCAUGAAAUAUUUAGUGAGUAAUUGAACCUUUCAGUCAUGGUAUUUGCAUUAGGUCCCAUCUGUGUUUAGGACCAAAGACCUGUGCAUCCUCUACAGCUAACACUAAUUAUCAUCUCCUUGGAAACCUUGUGAUCUUUACCUCGGGCAGUGGGAGGAAGUCAAAGUAAUUCAAUUUGCCUCCAAGAAAGAAUAACUCUGUACACAGACAUGCCAUAAACCGCCAUUACUCUUAAUUAGAUGCACAGAGGUUCUCUUAAAUUGUUCAUUACCCAUGCAAUUCAUUUUUAAGGAAACAGCAGCAGCCAGAGAGGAUGUGAAAUAACAGUAGCGUGUAUCCUGGGGGGUAUGCAGCGAGAGCAUGCAUUUAAUCCCCAUUAAUGCAAACCAUAAUCAAGAAUACAGUACAGAAAAAAACAAGCAGACUAAUGCAUAGAUUUCCUAAUUCGUUGCUCUCAUAAAUCAGUAUAUCUACUGUAUCUGCUGGGAAUGGAGAUUGGCUAAAUGUAUUCCAGCAUUGGGAAGUCAAUCUAAUUUACAUGAUGAAAUUUCCAUAUUUUUUGAAAAUUCCUUUUUAAUUCAACAAGUCUAUUUCAUAAACUCAAUAACUGUGAGGUCGGGAGUAAAUUCUCCAAUCACCUGUCCAGGGUCGUGAAGUAGCUUACCAGACAAAGUGCUUUUCCAUCAUGAAGGACUGCAUCUGACCCUCGCUCUGAUGGAAAGGUUAUUUUCCUCCAUUUGACUGGGUGCCAAGAGACUCUGCAGUCAAGACUGAGACGAAACAUUGAUCGCUGGGUGCCAUCACAUCACUCUGAACAAAUGUUACAUCUGAAUAAUCUCUUCUCUAGAGAUGAAGCAGCAUAGAAGCAUAGAAAUGUGCUCAGAAUGGAACAGGGAAAACGGGAAUCAUGAUCACAGAAGUCCGAUAUCCUGAGUCAGGAGAAUAGCUUCAACUCAGCAGUUGGUAUUGAUGGUAAGAGUAAAUUUCAUUACAGUAUCUUUAUUACAUGCCUUUCAGGGUGAAAUAAUCUAUGCAUCUGAAUUAAGGUACUUUUAUGUACCAUAUUCAAUGAAGGACUCCACUGCGAUGAUAAUGAAGAAGGCUUUUUAAAGGAAUAGUUUACCAAAAAAAAAUGUAAAAAAAAUAAUCGAAACUCAGUCAUCAUGCACUCACCCUCAUGUUGCUCCAAACCAGUAUGUCUUUCUUUUUAUCUGUGGAACAAAAAAGAAGAAAUUUUGAGAAAUGUCUCAGUGUUUUUUGUCCAUAAAUUAAAAAUGAGUGGGCUUCCAAUGUUGUUUGGUUCCUAACAUUCUUCAAAAUAUAUAUAUAUUUUUUCCACAUAAGAAAGUCAUUUUUGGUUUAACUAUCCCUUUAAGUAUGCAGGUGUGCAAUAUUAAUACAUUCCUGAAUAUACUGCUUCUGCCUACGAUGUACUAACAACUACCACAAACAAAACUGAAAAAAAAAAAGAAAGUACAAUUUAACCUUCAGGACUUUUAUGGUAUCUGUAACACUUUCAGACAGCUGACUGAAAUCAUCAUAAAUGUUAAGUAUUUAGACAUCCUUGCAUCCUGCAUAGCUGGGAAAUAUGAAUAUUCAAACAGCUUUUUUCUUAACUCAUACUUGAAUGUUAUGAGGAUGAGGUCUUAUGAAGUCUAAAAUUUAGGCUACGGAUUCCACUUUACAUACUGUUUAAAACACAACUGUUUAUCUUCCCAAUAAACCUGGUCCUGAAUA